AUGUCGCGAACACCUACACCCGACUCGCCCAUGUCGAGCAGCCUGCGCCGCGCGACAGACACCAUUGACGACCUCACGCUGGCGCUGAGCAACUUCUCGCGUAUGUCGUCACCGGAACUGGCCGACGUUGCGACGUGCUGUUGUGGGAAGGAUGACUGCGAGACUACGAAGGCAUGGCAGGCAUGGAAGUCCAAGAUGGAGAGCCGUCUCAUCUUGAGCGCAGCCAAUCACUCGCCAAUAUCUCAAUUGCCCAGCACGAGUUCCGCCGAGGAGCAUGUUGAUGCGCGUGUAGCAGAUUUAGUCAAAGAGAACGCUGUGCUCGAGAAGCGCUUGACCCAAGCCCUGGUGAACAAUGAGGUCGCCGAGUCUUCCCAUAGAAAUGCUUUGCAGGAGUUGCAGGAGGUUCAAGCGAAUGCCGCGCGACUCGCUGCGCAAAAUGCUCGUUCCAUUGGUUGGGAGAAUAGGCUGGCUGUAGCUCUCCAAGAGAAAGACGACUACCAGCAAGAACGUGACAUUGCAUUGCAAAGAGCAAAGCUCGCGGAAGCGCGUAUUUCCGCCCUCAAAGAGAAGUGCGCCAAAUCGCAGGCACAGCUCACGCGUCUGCGUGAAGACUUCGACAUGCAAAGGUUGCAUCGCCAGGAACUCUCACAGGAGAUUCUCCAGGAUGCUCGGCAGCGCCUGGCUCAAUUGCAACAAUCAGAGUCUGGACCCUCCACACUAAGCGAGGACGCUGAAGUUACAAAGAUCCUUGAGUCACUGGUCGCGGAUAAUGAAGCCUUAAAACGUGACAAUGCUGAGCUUCAGAAUAUGCUAGCCGAGACUCGCGAAGACGUCCGCGCUCUGCAAGAGGAAGUGGAAGAGCGGCGUGCAGGCGACACCUCUUUCCGACGUCAUCGUUACACGAACAGUGGACAGUCGUCUAACUUUGAGGCGUCAUCGCCGCUAUCUUCCUCUUUCCAUGUCGGGACCGUGCCUGCAAACUCUUUGCUCCAUUCGUGGCAGCGACAUGGCCAUCUUGGCACACCGUUCAACCGUCGUGCCGCCAGCGCUGAGCGUUCCACGCGGCGGGGUUUCGAGCCGUUGACGCCAGAGACAGACCGGCGGCCUUUGUCACCCACCGACUCUCUCGUUCCCUCCGAGAUGAAAUGGCCUUCGUACGGGCAUCCCCGUACUCAGCACGGCUUCGAUGUCGAUGAAGACAGUCAGCAUGAGAACCCAGCGACUCCCGAGAGGACGCGUGCUCACAAGUCUCUGCUUAUGCUGACGCGCUCGCGCGGCGUGCAAACGGACGGAUCCACCAACGCUGCGGCAUCAAGUUGGAUGGCCCCAAUCUCGAAGUUCCUUGGUCUCCCGGGUCUCGGAAACCCAAGCGAUAGCGCCGCCACUCGGGCACUGUCCCCACCUUCUAGACCCGGAAUGCGUGCGCCCAGUCGCAUGCCUUCCCGUAUCGUACCCAAGCGCGAGGCGGCGCUGUCCGCGUCGGCGAUGACCGUCAACGUCGAGUUUAGCGGGACGGCGGUUGGGCGGUCGGUCACGAGUACCUACUCUGCACACCCUGCACGGCAGGAUAGUAUCAGCAUCCUCGCUAUGCAGGGCGCCCUUACCCAAGUAGUCCCGCCGCCGAAUGUCUCUCGGAGCGUUAUGGGCAUUUUUGCAGGCGCACCACGGGCGGAGGAUAAUGCGGAUCCGUGGGUCGUCAUCCCCAAGCCACAGCGUGCAGGACCUAUGCCCGACCUCGGUGGACCAGGCACUGCCACUGUCGGUCGGUCGGCCCUACGGAGAACCAGUAGCAGAAUGUCGCGCAUGGUUGACGCCGUCAUUGACUCGCACGCUGCGCAGGGUGCGACGGGUGAAGAGCAGGACGUCGUCGGAUCUCUGCUAGACCGCACGCUCACCCGCCGAGGCCUGUCAGAUUCCUCUAUCCACACCACCUUCCUAAGCCACGAGGAACAGGGCAGCCCUCGGCGAUCUAUCCACGAGGAGUCCGAGGAGUCCGCUCCACAGGACCGCAGCUCGGUUCUCCAGGCGCUGAGCAGGAGAAUGCAGAACUUCCGGUUCGCCGGGCCAAGCACAACGUCGAGCGCAGACGCGGGCGCGCCCGUCUCGCGCCCUGACACGCCCGUCUCGGGCGCAAACGCCGGAGACGGGCGGCAGACACCAACUGGUACGCAUGCAUCCUCUCCGCACGCGAUGUCGCCGCCCGCGGUGAGGCUGUUCUCCGCUGCAAACCUCUCCUCAUGGGCUACUGCUUCCCUGGACCCUUCUCAGGAGCCGUCGUCGUACAUGGCUGCCAGCCCGCGUGAGGAGCCGUUCAUGCACCGACUCGCCCGGGAUCGAAACAUGUAGUCCCCCUUCCAUCAGUAUAGACCGUCCUGCCUCUCCGAUCUCUGUGGACACGAUCUAGAGUAGAUCCCAUUUACACUCGGGUUUCUGGUCUUGCACAGCACAAUGUAAGUAAUGUCACCGGUUGUUUACUUCUCGUUGAUACCAUGUAACAUAUACCACUUACAUCACCAUCAUUGUGCGCAUAU